AUGGUGUUUCUGGAGCUCCACUCGAUGUUUUGGUCGCUAGUCGCUUUCGCUGUUACAGUGGAGUGUAUGAAGCUCAGGGUUUGGUUACUGCCCACUUGUCGUGGCUUUACGCUUUUUACUCUUCCUCUACACAAAAUCGUCUCUCAUGAAGUGCUGUCUCUUACUGCUUGUUUGGCGUACCAUGAACGACAUUCGACGACAUUUUAUCGCAGAGGUGGUGUUCGCAAAGAAAAACCUUCGUUCACGGGUGAUAAUAAUGUUCUUGCGAUUCUGAAGCACACCUGCAACAGUCGAGAAAAUGGGCCUGUCUAUGAGGCUUCUGGCUGGGCUGUGCCACUUUGUCUCGAGGCAUACUCCUCUCAUGGGGUCAGUGUCCUCAAACUCGAACCGUAUUUAGUUGAGUUCCAUCAGAAUGCUCUAGUUCAGUGA